AUGGCUAUCAGCGAGAUCAUCACAGACCAGUCAUUGCUGCCCGUGCUCAGCACCAGCGCCGAGACUCUCGCCCAAUGCCAGCAACUCCUAGCCCUACUGAAUCCAGACACCAUCCCCGCCGGAACCUCGGUCCAUGAAUUAUCGCUGGCUGCCUCGAAGCAGCAGAAGCUCCUCUUUGCCCUCCUCGCUCAGCUGCGCGGCCAGAACCGUGAUGCGCUUUUCCGUGUGCGCGACACCAAACAAUCCACCGCCGAGGCACGCCAGGAGAUCGACCGACUGCAUCUUCAGCUGCAGAACCUGUAUUACGAACAGAAACAUCUGAGUGGCGAGAUUUCAGCUUGUGAAUCCUACGACCACAAGUACCUUUCACUGCCAUUAAUACCUGUCGAGGAAUUCCUCGAGCUCUUUCCCGAACACCGCGAGACUGAUGAACAUGAAUUAAUGAUUGCGCGUAUCAACCAUGAGCAUGCGGAGCGAGAGAAACUUGAGCAGGCUCGCCAGGAGCUGCUGAAGCACAAGCAGGCCUUGAUCGCGGAGAACAAGAAGCGCAAGGAUGAUCUGGCCAACCUCGACCAGGACCUCGAGAAAUUCGUUGAUGCUGCGAAACCUAUCCAGAAAAUCUUCGAGAAGGAAUACUAA